AUGGAAAAAUGGGCUCGUCGUCAGGAUAAAAUAAAAAUGUCUUUUAAACAACCGCAAAUACCUGUUACACCCGUUGAGAAAUCAAGUGUUUCAAAUGUUAUGAGCAAACCAAUAAAUAAGAAUGUCAUGGAAUCACCGCUUGAGCCUAUCAAGGUUGAGAUUAACAGAAUUAGAGAUAAGCCUUGGGACGACGACGAUGAUGAUGGGUCUGAAGUUGUGCCUGCUGGUGCUGCUCUGCCUGGAAAAUAUCUUGGUGUCACGCAUCGCCUGUUUCGUGUCAGAAAGGCCAGGGCGCAGAUGAGUGCCGGACUUGCUGUUUCCAGUGAUGCUCCAGUCGAACAAAGCAAUGACCAACAGCAGCCUCUCUCUGGCAAAGACCAUGGUGAUAGUAUUGGCGCUGAAUCUGAUGAUCAUUCUAAUGCAUUUGAUGAGUCCAAAUACAUUGAUCAGACUAAAAAAUUUUGUCUUCUUUGUCGCCGCCAGUUUCCAGAUGUUCAAACGCUAGAUAAACAUGUUAACAUGAGUAAUUUACAUAAGGUAUGA